UGUUGAAUUUCAAGCAGUGGCCUGAGAUUGGGAAUUAGGUUAUGUCAAAAGGAAAACCGAUUCCGUUAUAUGCCUUUAGGCCUUAUGGUUGGAGUGAAGAACAAAGUCCUCUUCAUUGCCUCCUGUUUUACGAAAAUUAUUUGUUAAUUGGUAGUGGAGAUGGCCAGAUAUUCUGGUACGAUCUAAAAACUCUGAGACCAGAACGAUCAUAUUUGCCGAAUAUCCGUUCUCCUUGUCUACAGUUACUUCGUUCUGGAAGUUAUUUGAUCUCGCAAAGUAAAGCCGGCGAUGUCUCAAUGUGGAUCCAACGUGAGGGCGACUCUUGGAUCCGCAAAAAUAAGACUGACAACAACCACACUGGAUUUUGCAGAAUAAAAGUUCUCGAGGUUGACGGUGUGUCACGUGCUGUAGGUUGUCCAGCAGGCCGAUCAGAGCUAGCCGUGUAUAGUGUAAGUGAAGGGAAGUUUACAGAGGUGUGUCAGCUGAAACUCCCGGAAACUGAAAGGACUUCAGCUGGGAUUGUGACGUGCUUCUCAGCGGCGGGGGAACUAAUAAGAGAAGAGGAGGAUUCAGAUACAGAAGAAUCUGAUGAGCCUGCAUCUGUGCAGCUGGUGUUUACUGAACAAAGUAUAUCCCCUGCAACACAGGCGUUGGCUGCAACACAGCUGUCUGUGGUGAGUUUGCACGAAGCUAAUGUGAUGCAUCUUUGGGAUAUCCGACAGCCUAGUGACCCCUGCCACAGCUUGAAACCAAUGGACAGACAUGAAGAAUGUGAGGGUAACUCUAUACCAGUGGCUGUAGACUUUGACAUCAAUAUGAAACGUGGUGUGUACACUGGAAUGACAGACGCACUGGGCACAUUCACGACAGUUGGACAGACACUGAAACACUUCGAGAUGAAGCACCCAAUGAAAAUGACAAAUAGAGGAGCUCUGAGUGUCGUCAUACAGCGAGUGGAAUUUGCAACCACAAAAAGCAGAAUUGUGGCCGUCGGCUGCUGUGACGGGACAGUGCGUGUGUACUCGUGGUCAACCGGCCGCCCACUUGCCAUCUUGCCACACGGUGACGGCAUAUCUUCUGUGCAGGACGUCGCCUUCUCAGAGGGGCCCCUGGAGUCAUUGAAUUCGGAGAGCGUGAUUGUCGCUGCGGGAGCUGAUAGCUCUGUCUCGUUCUGGAGUUCGGACUUCACGAGGAAGACUUAGUGCUGCGUGAUCAUCCGGUGUGAAGAAUUUUUUGAUGCACCCCUCUCCUUAAAAAUACGUCUGCCCGGAUAUGCAAACGGGUGAGAUGACGACCUAGAGCACGUCACCACACCAAGGGAGGUGAUGAGGGUGCCAGCUCACUCAUACCUGCCGAUGGAUCUCCAUGUAGAAUGCAAAGUUGUACCGUUUUAACAGAAGCGAGGAUCACAAGUUGUAAUAUGUCAGGUGUGGAAUAUGGAAUACUCGUAGUGGAUGGUUAUGAAACUUCGGACUGUAGGACUCUGGCUGAGCUGCAGUUACAUUUGAGACCAGUAUCAGACAACUGAUAAAAGACUGACAGGCAAAUGUUACAAUGGAUGCACAGUGAAUUGAUAAACAGAAUCCCAAAAAAUGAGAGCGUAUGUCAUAAUGGUUGUAAGUUUACUAUGGUCCUUGUAUGGGCUACAAGUGAAAUAAAUAAAAAUAUAAUAACUA